AUUACCAACGACGCGUUAACGCCGUCCUACUCGAAUACUUGAUAUCUAUAUAUAGCAUCUUCAUAUCGGUGGAAUCCGGUUGUGGUGGACAGCUCUUUGAGAUCUGCUCGCUCGGAUCAGCGAAAACUGCCUUCUUCUUCACACCCGAAGAUGGGGCUGUCUUUCACCAAGCUCUUCAGUCGGCUGUUUGCCAAGAAAGAAAUGCGUAUUCUUAUGGUGGGUCUUGAUGCCGCGGGUAAGACCACCAUUUUGUACAAGCUCAAGCUGGGAGAGAUUGUCACAACCAUUCCUACAAUUGGAUUUAAUGUUGAAACUGUGGAAUAUAAGAACAUUAGCUUCACCGUCUGGGAUGUAGGUGGCCAGGACAAGAUCCGGCCAUUGUGGAGACAUUACUUCCAAAACACACAAGGUCUUAUCUUUGUGGUUGACAGCAAUGACAGGGACCGAGUUGUUGAGGCUAGGGAUGAACUGCACAGAAUGUUGAAUGAGGAUGAAUUAAGGGAAGCUGUGUUGCUUGUGUUCGCAAACAAACAAGACCUUCCUAAUGCAAUGAAUGCCGCUGAGAUCACAGAUAAGCUUGGUCUUCACUCCCUUCGCCAACGUCACUGGUACAUCCAGAGCACAUGUGCUACUUCUGGGGAAGGCCUGUACGAGGGACUGGAUUGGCUGUCAAACAACAUUGCUAACAAGGCAUAGAAGAGGAGAUGUAAUUUCAGUGAUUUUUGGGCCUGCAGUCAGACAUGUUGGAGUAGAGAAUGUUAACUAUUAUUAUUUUUUGGUUUCUUUGCUUUUUUCUGUAUGUGUUCCGUUUAAAGUGAGAUGUUUCCCCUUCUGUCUCCUCCAGUCCAUGGUUAUAUACAUUGGCAUUUGUUUCCCAGUAGCCCAAAAUAAUUUUAAAAAUUUUCAUGAAA